UGGAGUUAUAUCCUUUCAAGUGGAAUUUCAUGGAAUGAAGUCUGGAUUUUUUAUUUCUUUUGCUUUCCUCAAAUCAAUUUGCUGCUAUUUUUCAAGCUGAUAAAUUACCUUGUGUUAGGUGAUACUGUGAGGAAAAUCAUGGAUGGAAAAUGAAACACUCAAAAAAGCAAUAAUGGUUCACUUCGAACAAGAGGAGAAGAAGAAUAAUUUCUUAAAUAAAAAAAGGCUCUCUUGAAACAAGCAACAGACAUCCCAUUAACCUUGCCUAUUGGGAUUUUCCUCUCGAAAAGAAAUCUCAAGUCAAGUUCCAUAGAUGGUGGUGAUGAUGAUGAUGGUCAAUAGUCAAACAUGAUAUACACACGUAAAUCACAUUAAUAUACACGUUUGCCACUCAGUUCCACUCUGAUUCCCCCCAUCAUUUAGAUCUAAAUCACCAAGCCAUCAAGCUGGAAUGGUUUUAGAAUUGCUUUCCACUGUAUGGAAUAGAAACCUAAUUGGUAUCCAGAACAAUUCAGCAUUAGAAUUGGUUCCUCACAGUAGAAUCCUCAGUUGGAAAUUAGAAAGGCGUAAAUUCAGUUGAUUGAAAAAACUUGUUGAAUGCUGUUGACGACAGAGGGCAAUGAAUAUGCCAACACUGUUAGUGUUGAGUUAAAUGGUGAACAUGAAAGAAACGUGUUAAUAGAGAUUAACCACGACAGAAUCUGAUCUUCAUUUUGAUCUUGAACCAGCAUGGAUCUACAUCUUUACCAUUUAAUUUUCCUGCGCUUAGCAACAUACUGAGUUAGAAGAAAUUGUAUGCAAAAAUCGUAAAAAUGUUGCGAAAGCUGUUUUUAUGACUUGAUCGUUCAAAGACCUUAGUGUCUAGGUGAUGCACACAAAGUUCAAUACAGCAAAAGGCAAUGACUCGCCUUUAAUAUCAUCUUUAGUGGGAUUAACUCUCCGUGACAUUCACUAUUUAACAUUAAAGCCUGAUUAGUUAUCAGCACUGAAUCAAUGUUAUCUUGGAUCAUGUAGUUCGUACUUUCAUCAUUUCUCAUCUUUCUACAGAAACUUUAGACCUUGCUUCUCAGCAACAGAACUAUCUGCAAAGAAUGAAUGACGAAAAGUAGGGAGAUAUGCUGAACUUUCUAAUAGCGGUACGAUUAUCAUGUAAUGUGAACCUUUCUCAACUUGGAAUAUCUAUCCUUCCCAUGAAGACCACAUGAACAUUAUUAUCACAAUCAAGCCCAACCCCAAGAAUUAAAUCAUUGGCCUUGCCGUUGAAUCCCGCUCAACUGACAAACAAAUGAAGAGACAAACUUGAUCAAAUGGUUGUAACCUAAAUCUGACUCGAACCAUCAACAUUAUCCAUCGUCCCACCAUCAUUUGUACACACACAGUCAUACACACUGUUGAUCAUUUUUCAGUGUUAAUAUGUUACCUAGUAUACCAUUUCGUGCUCGCAGCUAUUCAUUAACAAUUAGUGAGAAUCAACUGACCAAUGGAUCGGGAGAUCGUCGUCGAUCAAUUAGCAAUCAACUUUCAAAUAAUAACAAUAAUAAUUAUCCUUGUUCAUCAACUGUGCCAACUUCAAAUUUACAAAGUAAACCGAUAAAGUCAUUAAAACCAGUCAAAACAUCAACAGUAUCAACCACCAUUAAGGGCAACCAUCUGAUUCAAUCCAAAAAUAAUAACGAGAAACAUUCAAAUUUGAAUUGUGCUCGUGAAAAUUGUAAUCUUCAACAAAUGGAAUCACCAACAACCCAACAACAACAACAACAACCAAUUGUUUCCUUUGCCAAAACCUGCUAUGAUAAUCCAAUAAUGUUGCAACCUAAAUGCAAUGGUUCUUUAAUGAUUUCACUGGACCCAAAAGAUUUGUACAAACAGCAAAUUAAUAUAUCGACAUCAGCUACGCCAACAGAGGCACAAUCAGUUACAUUUGCAAAUAACAUCAUCAAUGACUCUAAUAAUAAUAACAAUAAUCGAAUACCAUAUAUUUGUGAAACAAAGUUUACUCCUAGUAAUGUAAUUAACCGGUCAUCAACCGAGCUGGUUAAAAUACGAACAGAAAGCCUUAAGGUUGAGCUCGAUACUAACAAUAACUCAUCGUCUUCUCCACAUCAACUGUGUCCACCGACUGGAGGUGGCCUUUCACCUGUUGAUUCUGACCGUAAAAGUCGAUCCUUUUCAGCAUUUUCCGGAAUAAGUCACAAUUCAGGGCGACGAAAAUCAACUCUACUGCGUGAUGAAUCCCCUUAUAAAGCUUUACGAGAGUUAAUCAUUCCCUGUUUAAUAGCAGGCUUUGGUAAUGUGGCCACUGGCGUUAUAUUUGCUCACGUUCAAACUUGGGCUGUUUUUGAAAAUGUGCCUCAGUUGAACAUUCUGGUUCCAGCAUUACUAGGACUUAAAGGUAAUGUUGAGAUGACAUUGGCUUCUCGUUUAUCAACUCACGCCAAUCUUGGGGAUCUUGAUGAUAAAAUGGCAAGAAAAAAGUUAAUCACCAGUAAUAUGGCUCUAGUUCAAACGCAAGCAUCUACUGUGGGCUUUUUUGCGCCUCUCCUUGCACUAGCAGUCUCAUAUAUUUGGCCUUCUGAUGGUUCCGAUUUAACUCUCCAUGAAGCUAUCCUAUUGAUUGCUGGUUCAGUUUUAACUGCUAAUAUCGCCAACCUUUUCCUUGGAUCCCUCAUGUGUGGUGUUAUUGUGGCCUCUCGUCAUCUUAAAAUCAACCCAGACAAUAUUGCGACUCCAAUUGCUGCAUCUUUCGGAGAUUUAACCACAAUGGCGCUUUUAGCUUACAUCAGUCACCUUUUGUUUUCAAUAAUUCAUAUUCCCUGGAUUCAAGUGGUAAUUCUUGGCGGUAUCAUGACUUUUAUACCUUUCCUUGUCAUGUUUGCUCGUAAACUUGCUGUUACUAGAAAACUUUUGAUUACUGGUUGGUUUCCAAUCUGUGGAGCCAUGAUUCUUCAGAUUACAGGUGGUAAAAUAAUGGAAAAUUCACUCGAUCAAUUUACAAAAUUAGCCGCGUUUCAGCCUGUAAUAAAUGGUGUUGGAGGUAAUCUUGCUGCUGUUCAAACAAGUCGCAUAUCAACUUAUCUUCACCGUCGUACAGUCAAGAAACAGUUACCUGAUCCAGAUAAUGAGCUUUGCACUUAUCCAGGACGAAUCUUCUUCAAUUUAGACAGUGAUCAUACAAUUAUGGCUCGAUUUUUGUUAUUACUAUCAAUACCUAGUCAUUUAUUAUUUAUUUUUGUAAUAAAAUUGGUUCGAGAUCAUUUUACAAUGACAGGUACAUUUUUAACUGUUUAUAUGAUUGCUGCAGUUAUUCAAGUUUCCAUACUGAUUCAAGUCUCCUACACAUUGGUUCAUUUUAUAUGGAGAAAAGGAUUUAAUCCAGAUAAUUCAGCUCUACCUUUUCUAACAGCUUUUGGUGAUUUAAUUGGCUCAGUCUUAUUGGCCUUAGCUUUUACACUUCUAUCUGCUUUAGGUGAUGUAAAUGCCCUUCAACCAAUACCAAGUUUAAGUUUUGGAGUUAAGGAGCACAGUUUUGGAAGCCUUUAAGUUCAUCCUUUUAAAA